GCGCACUUCCGCCUCAGCGCCGGCAUGGCACGGGGCACGCUGUUGCUGCUGCUGCUGCUUUUUCUCCGGUGCGCCACACCGGAUUCCGCUGAAAACUCUAGCAGGCCGGGUGUGCCGACCGGGUCUCAAAACCGCACAAGCGGGAGUCUCCCGGACACGGGCUCCGCGAUGCUUCGCUUGUUCUACGUAAUUACUGGGCUCUGCGGCCUGGUUUCGCUUUACUUCCUCAUCCGGGCCUUUAGACUAAAGAAGCCACAGCGAAGAAGGUAUGGGCUCCUGACCAACACAGAGGAGCAUGAAGAGAUGGCCUCUCAGGACAGCGAGGAAGAGACUGUCUUUGAAACCAGGAACCUGAGAUGAUGUUGAGAUGGUGAUGACAGGCUGCAAGGACAAGAGAGAACAUAUGGUUCUGUGAGCUCUGAUGUCAACCUGACUGGAGGAAGUGCACAGGCCCUAGGAGGCUGCAUGGGCCAGGACAGCACUGAGACCUCGUUGAGACUAGCCCACAGACUUAUGACUCCCAAGGCCAGGCUGAUUCGGGCUGCUUCGUCAGCCUGCCUCCCAUAAGGAACACCACCACCCUGUUACAAGGUGUGAUGGAGCAGGUGGACCUUGGAAUCGCUCUGGGCACCUUCUUGCUGAUUUGGGGACAAUAAAUGACGCAGGGGCUUUGUAGCUU